AUGAUUCGAGAUCGCCAACACGGACUGAAUCGAAUUGCCCUCAGACGAUCGCGGGCCACUGGAACGUCAGGCAACGCGGGUCCAAAUUCCACUGUCUUUGCUCAGAUGGCCAACAAACUUUCUCUGCUGACUUACGACGUCCUCAUGUUGCCCCACAGGACGUGGAAAGUCAAAUUCGUCGGAGAAAGCGUCGACGACUGCGGAGGCGGAUACAGUGAAAGUAUCGCCGAAAUGGGCGAAGAAUUGCAAAACGGAAGCUUGCCACUCUUGAUUCUGACUCCAAGCGGUCGUGAAGAAGCGGGAACCAAUCGGGAUUGCUUCAUUUUGAACCCGAGUGCCAGCACUGCGCAGAACCUGAAAAUGUUUCAAUUCCUGGGCGUUUUGAUGGGAAUCGCCAUCCACACUGGCUCGCCGUUAAGUCUCAAUCUCGCCGAACCUACCUGGAAGGCCCUGGUUGGUUUACCUCUGAGCUUGAUUGAUCUGAAUGAAAUCGAUCGACACUAUUGGCCGGCACUCUGCCACAUUCGCGACUGCAAAGACGCCGACGGCGAUAUGACACUGAGUCAACCGGAUUUGCCCUUCUCGACGAGUUCAGCUACGGGGCACGAAGUGGCCCUUUCACCUCACACGCACCGGCGCAUCACCCGCGACAAUCGCGAUCUCUACCUCCAACUGGCCUUGCAUUUUCGGCUCCACGAAUUCGACCCGCACGUGCGGGCCGUCCGCCAGGGGCUCAGUCUGGUCGUGCCCUUGCCUCUGCUCUCCCUGUUCACUGGAGCCAAGCUGGAAGCCAUGGUGUGCGGAUCACCGGAAAUUCCGCUGGCCCUGCUCAAAUCGGUGACCACCUACAAGGGAAUCGAGCCUCACUGCGCCCUCGUCCGCUGGUUCUGGGAAGUCAUGGAAGAGUAUAGCCACGUGAAGCGAUCCCUUUUCCUCCGUUUCUUCUGGGGCAGAACAAGUUUACCGAGGACGUUGGCGGACUUUCGAGGCCGGGAUUUCGUACUCCAGGUUCUGGACAAGUAUAAUCCGGCCGAUUACUUCCUGCCAGAGAGCUACACGUGCUUCUUUCUGCUCAAGAUGCCGCGUUACUCUUGCAAAGCCGUUCUGCGCGAGAAGCUCAGCUACGCCAUCCACUUUUGCAAAUCGAUCGACAAUGACGAGUACGCCCGAGUGGCGGCUCCCGAGGUUCUCCUCAACCCACCUGCUCACGAAGACGACGUCGAAAAUGAAGCAGAAAACUAAGCCUUUUUUAAAUUUAUUAUUAUAAUUCACUUGUCCUCAAUGAUAAAAAUUGUUAUUAUAAACUUUAAAUAAAUUUUCCUUUUUUUCUCAUUUUCUCUGCCGCUUGUGUUUAAUGUCACACGUACGAAUACAGAAAACUACAAAACAUCUUUGGGGUGAGAAAUUGUUGCAUAAAUAAUGUCCAUAUAUGACACCUUAGACUUGGCUGCAAGCUU